AUGACCCAUAAGAAUGACAGUAACAUGAAUGGUAUGAUCAGGUUAUGCUUUGUUCUGCACAAGCUGCCCAAUUUGAAGUUUCUGGAUGCUCAGAAAGUAACCAAACAAGAACGAGAGGAAGCUUUGGUCAGAGGGGCAUUCAUGAAGGUGGUGAAGCCCAAGCCCUCCAGUGACAGAGUUGUUGUCUCUCCUAAGAGCCACUACACACCCCUGCCUUCUGCUUCCAGGGAACUCACCAGUCACCGAGGUGUCCUGGGGAAGUGUCGCUAUAUUUACUACGGGAAAAACUCAGAGGGCAACAGGUUUAUCCGUGAUGACCAGCUCUGA